CAUCGGGGACGGGGAAAGGCCCUGCUCAAAAGCUCCAGGCGCCCGACCAUGACUCGGCAUCAAACCCAACCCCACGGCACAGCACACACCCAAAAUCUGUCCUUCUCCGUCAGAAGGACCUAAUAUUAUCGCAAUUAAGCCCUCUUUGGUCCAAUUGCGUCUUUAUCAAUCCUCCGCCUUACCUACUCGCCUUGCAGUCUCUUCCCUGGUUACGAUUCUACAAGCCUUCCUGGUUAAGCACGUCGUCGCUGUGCCGCUUUCCAUCGCCGCAUUCAGCUGGCAGCCAUGGACGCAGCCGACAAAAAGCUCUCGGUUCUGUCUAACGGCAGCGAGGACUUCUCCGUGCAGCGGCAGAGCAUGCUCUUGCGUGAGCUCGAACUGCUCCUGGAUCUGAACCCGAGGGAAUUGAGCUCGAGUCUCUUGGCGCUUCCACGAGAGCUCAGAGAUCAUAUCUUCGACUUUGUCUUACCAGACACCCCCGAUGACAGCCGACCGGAACUUCACACAUGUUUAUGGGGAGCGGAUAUGACGCAUGAGCCAUGGAGACAUGAUAUCUUCGGAUAUGGGCACCUAGUGCCGAAAGAGCAGCGGUUGCAUCCAAAGCUCCUCCUCAUCAAUCGGCAACUGCGCAACGAAAUCCUGCAGAACUAUUUUCGCAGAAGCAAGCUCACACUUCACGCCGAACUUCGAAACUCGCGAGGGAACAACUGGCAUUUCGACUACUCACCGCACAUUCUGCAGCUUCCGAUGCUCAAGUUCGUUACACACGUCCGGUUCUACGUUGAAUGGAAUUACACCAUCCUCUCUAAGAACGACCGAAUCGAAGAUCAAGUAAGAAUGACCAAGGACCUCAUGCAAGCUGUGGACACUCUGCUAGCGCCACUUCAAGCCGUGGAGAACAUCGAGCUAUCCGUCCUUUUCUUCUGGAGAUUUCGAUCAGGGAAAUACUACCCUCUUUCGAUGCAGGAUCUGUUCGACCUGGAAGACGUCUUCAAACGGCACGCGGAGUCUCGCUGGCUGCGCAUUCUACGAACCAACAAGUCCACCGUCACCUCUCCGAAUCCCUCUGCUGGCGUUGGGUACAAGCUCUCUUCGGAAAACAAGGGGACUGAGCAGAGUGGCGGAAUGGAAAUCUUCGUGUCGCAGGAUUUGGAAGAUGCGAUGCGACUCCGGCGAAAGAGUGAUGUGGAUUUCUAUGGCAACUAUGGCAUCUCAGAUCCUCUACCUCAACCAUCGUACGAGCAUGGAAAGAUGAUUUGAAUCAACCUGCAUUGACGCAGAAGGAAGGGUAUGGCACGCCGCCGGCAGUCGAGUUUCUCAGGUGACUGCGAUCUCUAGACGGCUAUUUUACAACAUAAGCGAAUUACGAUUUUAUUCAAGUAUGACCCUUCCAAGAGCACCUCCAUAGUCAAAUCGAUGGCCAUC